AGUACGUUCUCGUCCUGCGUCUCCCUACAGUCUCAACCCGCCCGCGAGCGCGCAUUAUCGGCCUCUUCUUUACGCCUUUGCUCGACUUGUCAAGCUGGAGUACUGGCUCUGUGGACCGAAGAUUGGCGUUGGAUUAUGCUGCUUUUCCAUCCGACAAGAAUGACGCGAGCCGUUCGCCUGCUUUAUAAAAGCCAACCUCGGGAACGAGCACUUCUGCCCCGUCGCUCGUGUUUAAUUCGCCUGGACUGAGCGUAUGCGGGACAGUAGCGAGUAUAACAGCUUUAACAGCCUUCUUUUGUAGACAAAAGACGGCUGCGAAGAAAUAUACACAAAUAAAAAGGUUGUGGUCUCCAAUCUUUGGAGAACGUGGGCAAGAUGUGGGGUAAUCUCAGAAGUCGAUGCCAAGCCCUCUUCCACAGUGACUGCUCAGAGUCCCAUCUGUGUUGUCAAGAUUUAGAUUGUGCUCACUGUGUGCUGGAUUUGGGCAGGGGAGCACAUGCAGAACCCUAUGAAACCAGGUCUUCCACGCCUUCACGCACCUUGUCACCUCUUCCACUGGUUACUGGUGGACGCAGAAGCCAUAACUGUGUGGCAGAUAUUCCCCAGAUAGUAGAAAUCUCUAUUGACAAAGAGAGUGAAGAUGCACGGAGAGGCCCACUUGUUCGCAGGGACUCCUAUUCGCGUCAUGCUCCCUGGGGAGGUAAAAAGAAGCAUUCUUGCUCAACUAAAACACAAAGUUCUCUUGAGGCUGACAGGCGAACAGGACGCUCAAGAGGAAGUACAGCGAGAAGGGAGCGUCGUUAUGGAGUCAGCUCCAUUCAAGAAAUUAAUGAUUCUGUAGAAGCUGGCAGCAGCGGGCGCAGCCUUAGCAGCCGUUCUCUGCGUCAACGACUUCGAGACACCAUGGGCUUGUGCCUUCCUCUCCCCACACACCGUCGCUCUCAGUCAGCCAAAGGUCAAGUAUCUUCAAAACGUAAGAUCCACCUGACAGAACUGAUGCUCGAAACAUGCCCUUUUCCUCCAGGUUCUGAUCUGGCCAACAAGUGGCACCUAAUUAAGCAACAUACAGCACCAGUCAGCCCUCAUUCCUCUUCUGCUCUUUUUGAUGCUUUUGAUUCAGCCCAUUCUUCCCCAGAGGAUGAGGAGGAGAGGCUGCGUGAACGACGUAGACUUAGCAUCGAGGAAGGAGUUGACCCACCUCCUAAUGCGCAGAUCCAUACAUUGGAGGCAGCUUCACAGAGCUCUUCCCUCUAUAAACUAGGACCAAAGAUGGCUCCUGGUGUUGGGGAAACACUUGGGGAGGGCAGGAGCCUGGGAACAGUCUCCUCCAUAUCUGGGGGAUUAUCAGGGAUUGCCGCACAGGUUGCAGCAAGUAUGGCAGUGCCAUCCCACACGGUUGACUGUGACUCUGAGGAGGACUCAACUACCCUUUGCUUACAGACACGAAGGCCCAAGCAGAGGCAUGCCUCUGGAGACACUCACUGCUCCAGACAGCCUGGGCCUUGGAAGGUCCACACACAGAUUGACUAUAUCCAUUGUUUAGUACCUGACCUACAGGCCAUAACUGCACUUCCUUGUUAUUGGGGAGUGAUGGACCGGUACCAAGCAGAAACACUGCUGGAUGGACGGCCAGAGGGCACCUUCCUGUUACGUGACUCUGCACAGGAGGACUACUUGUUCUCUGUUAGUUUUCGACGUUACAAUCGGUCACUGCAUGCACGCAUUGAACAAUGGAAUCACAACUUUAGCUUUGAUGCACAUGACCCAUGUGUCUUCCACUCCUCCACAGUAACAGGUUUACUGGAGCAUUAUAAAGACCCCAGUGCUUGUAUGUUCUUUGAACCCCUGCUCACUGCUCCCUUACACCGGACCUUCCCUUUCAGCCUUCAGCACCUGGCACGAUCCUCCAUCUGUAAACACACCACCUAUGAUGGCAUUGGUGCCCUGCCACUGCCUCCAACCAUGCAGGACUUCCUCAAGGAGUAUCACUACAAACAAAAAGUUCGUGUGCGCUGGCUAGAGAGAGAGCCACCAUUCAAGGUCAAAUGAGGUCUGGCUCUGUGCCUGAGAGAAGCUGAGGUGUGGGCAAGAGAUUUCCUUCUCAUAUUAUUAUGUGCUUCAGACUCGUGGCAAUAGAGGAUGUUUUGAACUUCCGGCAGUUUUUUCUUCUUGUGUGUGUGUGUUAAUACUAUAUAUGGAAUCCAUACAUGUGUUUCGGUGCAGUACAUUAUAUCAAACAAGCUUAUCUUCUGAAGUGUUGAGCAUGCUGGGAAUGAGAUGUUCUUAUUCUCUCUGCUCAUUUUCCCUAUGACCUUAUAUCAAGUGGAUCUUCACUAACUUGUCUGCAUGCCUCCUGCAUUCUAUUGCCUAGAGUUGUAAACAUUGAGAGCAGGGUGGUGUCACAAUAAUUAGCAUUUUUACUGGGCAAAUUGAUCAAAUCUAUUAAAGCUAAAUUGAGUUUAUAUUUUAGUAAAUUAAAAUAUAUUUGGGUUAUCUUGAAUAUUUGCUAUCAAAGGCAUGUUAACUAUAUGGCCAUUUGCUUAUUCAUAACUAAUUAAUGAGCAGUACCUUUCAGAUUAUUUUACGGCAGCCUCCUACGAGGGUCAAGUUCUCUGAGGCAGCACUUAUUAAGCCUUGUGUACAUGGACAGGAUUACAUUUAUACCCGCACCUCUCAGCACUAAGCAUGUUUUAUUUUUAAAAUCAAGGUAGACCGAAGUGAAUGCAUGGAUUAAUUGCACAUGGUAGAGGGAACGUAUGUAUGCAAAAAGGUUUUAUUUUUUUUUUCCAUUUACCCACUUACUGACCAGCCUGAUCUCACCAGAAAACGUAAGUAUUUUACGUUUUGUCAGUUUAGUGGCUAAUUCGUACGAAUUCAGUCGUACGAAAAUGUACAAUUUUUAAAAAGGAGGCGUGGCACCCAACCCCACCCCUAAACCCAACAGUCAUUGGGUGAUGAGCAAAUCGUAUUAAAUUGUACGAAUUAGAUCAUACGAAUUGAUACGAAUUGGCCACUAAAUCAAAAAGUUACGAAUUGCCGUGAGAUUGUGUUGGACUAACACAGACACAGUGCAUCAUUUGUCAUAAGAUAGAGGACAGAUUAUUUCAUUUUAUAUCCCAGCAUAGUCCUCAUUUUAAACAAUCUAUUUUACCAUUUUCUAUUUUUUUGGUUAGUAAUAGUUUAAAAUGACAUAUGGCACUUUAAUUGUUGUUUGUACACUGCACAAUGACUUAAAGACUCAAGUGCACACAUGAACAGAUUCAAUUGUUUGUCUGUGUGUUCUUAAGGACCUUUUUCAUGAGAUGUCAGUUUAUCCCUCGUAUUAUCAGCAUGAGUCAACUGAAGGUUAUGUUAGUGUCAAGUAUCUCUUACCUUGCCUUUGCAAAUGGUAUGUACUCGAGGCAAUUUGUUUUUGCUUUUUUUAAAUAAAAUAGUUCUAUAUGCAACAGCCGAAAGUGGACAGUGAAAGUCCUCUAUAAAAAUUGUAUAGAUACCUCUAAGAUUCUUUAAACUUUAGAUAGUGUUGAAACACAGACAGAUGCCAUCAAUAUGUAUAUAUUUAAUGUUCAUUGGAUCAAGUUCUGUUAUAAACGUGUGGUUUGUUCCACCACUUGAUAAUGUUGCACUUUCAUCCAUUAUGAAGCAUGGAGCUAUGCUUCCCUCGUCAUAAUCAUGUGCACUAGUGAUUGAGAUUCCCUGAAGACUGUAAAGAUAUAGUUAUAAACUUGAUGUUCCUGGUCUUGCACAAAAAUGAAGGCCAACAAAAGUUUGCUUGUAUGUUUAAUAUCAGAUGUUCAUCAUUGCAGCGGUAGACUCAACAUUGAGGCAGAUGCUAGGCCAUUUAAAACUGGUACAGUAUGCAGUAUUUUAGUGUUUGAUGAUGAGCGACCAAAGGUGUGCAUCUAUAUGUUGUAAUUAUGAAUGAGAUCUUCCACCCUAAACCUUUCACCUAAAUCAAGCUUAAUUAUGGUGUUCUUUUUUGGGGGGGAGAGUAGCACUCAUUUUGAAGCCAUUUAUUUCAAUCCACAGUUAAACCUUGUCAGAAUACACCUCAGUUGUUGCUUUAAGGAAGUCAUUUUGUUAAUUUUAACGUUUUCUUUCACUUCAUUUCCACUUGAAUGCCUGAAUGAAUACUCAAGACAAUGUCUUAAAAUUUCUUCCACCCUGUACACUGUAUGCUCUGUAAGACUAAUAUUAUGUCAACUGUCUAGCGGUACACUUUAGAUGAUGUCAUCAGCUUUUAUGACUUUAAACCUUUGAGAAUAAUAAAGCAUUCAUUGAAUUUACAGACAGAAUAUGAGAACUUGGCUGCAGCUAGCAGAUUCUUGUCUUUUUUUCUGAGCUAUACUUGCUGAAAUAAAAAGAGCCAAAGCUUGUUGGCUGUUUUUAGUGGAUAUCCGAGGCGCUUUACAACUUAUCAGGCUUGCAGACCAGAUAGACAGAAUUAAGUUCAGCUGUAAAACCAGCCGAAACCAGUAGAAACCAGCAAAUUUGCUUAGGGUGGUUUAUGCAGUUUUAGUAUAUAGAAAAUAUGAGUAGUCCAGUAUCUUAUGCAGUAUUUUAUGUUUACAUAAAACACACAAAAAUGUUUUUAAGUAAAUGUAACAAGGCAAGGUCAUUUGCAAACAUGCCAUCACAGUGGCAUGUUUUUAGGAUAUGUACCAUAGUAACUGUAUGGUAUACCUUUAAGUACUGUGGAGUAUUUAUACAGUGCUCAGCAUAAUUGAGUACACCCCAUUUUGAAAAUUUAUAUUUUUUUCUAUUUCUCAGUGAAUAUAGGCAAUGUAUUUUGGUGCAUUUGAACAAAACUGAUUUAUUAAACAGAUAUAUUUAUUAAAAUGAUAUUUUAGUCACUAAACAUAUUUGGAAAUUGAAAGAAAAUACAAUUAAAUUCAAGCAAAAUAUUGCAAAACAAAUUACAACCUACAAAAUUUUAACUAAAUUUUUCAACUUUUUUAGCUUCUUUUGAUUUUUUUUCCUCUUUUAAAUAUGUAUUUAAUAUUUUUCUAUAACAUAUAAAUUUGGGAAUACUAGUUUUUGGACCGUUAUUGUAAGUUAUAUGUUAGAUAAGCUCCAGAUUUGGCUUUAGUUUUGACUAAUGUAAUGUAUAUGCACAAAUAUAAUAUUGUAUUGCUUCCUAUUAAAAACAUGAAUUUUAAGGAUAGAUUUGUAGGGGUGUACUUUUAUGUGCUGAGCACUGUGGAAACAAUGUUGUUUAUUUUCUGAUAAAUUCACUUUUAUCUGGUCCAGCCACCAUAUUUUUUGUGAAGAAAGAGGAUUUUUUUAAACAAGGAGCAACAAUGCAGAACCAUUUCAGUAAAGAGUUUGUAUUAUUUAAAUUGCUGUGUUUUGACUCCAAUAACUAUUUUCAGGAGUGUUGGUUUGAGGGCUGUUAAGUUCUUAGCGACAGCCCGUUCCUCGCCAUAUUCUUUUAACGCUGAGACACACUCAUGCAGUCAUUUAGGACUUUCUGUGCCACUAUAUAGUAAGCAAGUCACUCCUGCCAGUGUUACACCCUGCCCUGUCUUUUGGGCACUAAUCACAGGCUAAAUUUAACACGCUAGCCUCUAAAUUUACCACCUUCUAAAAGGACCACUCUGUGUUUUAUGAUUGACUGUGAAAAAGAUUGAGGGUCUUUUUGCUCAACUUUUUCCUGUUCAUUUCUGGUCUUAUUACAUCCUCAGCAUCACCCUCCUCCUUGUAUAUGUAGCAGAAAGCAGAUUCUUUGUCUAGUUGGGAUGCUAUGCUAAAGUUAGCUUUAGCAUCAAGCUAGCUCACGGAAUGCGCCAUUGAGGAGCACUGCUGUGCUGUGAGGAAUUUAAACCACAGUCAUUUUUAGUUAAUAGUUUUGAGAAAGUAUUAUGAGGGAAGUGUAACACCAGACUAAUCCAACUCAGUGUUCUUCAGUUACUCAGGCUUGGUUUAUUGCAUUUAAAAUGGGGCAAAAUAGCAGCAGUGGGACUGCAGAAGUCAGCAACUUCUAUGAACUGUGUCUUGUUCUUUUGGCUUGAGGAUACUUUGUCCUGGUUUUCAUGGUUAACAACUUGAUCAUUUGAAAGUGCUUCUCUAUACGGAGGAGCUUGAUCUUCUUUCUGCCCUUAUUCCCAAUGGGAAAUGACUUAUGUCAGUCACUGCACAUAUUGACCGUAUGACCAUAUCAAGUAGAAUCUGCUUGUAAUCUAGCCUGGGGGGGCACAUAUUUCCAAUUAUUUUCCCUCAAUCAUUGCAACAAAAUGUGGUUAUUUGUGUAUUUUGUUCAUGUAAAUAUGAACAUUGAUUCAUUUUGUUUAAUUGUUCAAAUCACGCUUGUAGGUAUGUCCCGAUCAGAUUUUUUUGCCCUCGAGUCCGAGUCUGAGUCUCUACUGAAAAGCUACUAUCUACCGAAACCCGAUCCUAUUUUUCUAAAAAUACAUUUAAAAAAAUAAAUAAGAGCAAAGAAACAGAUCUAGGAUGAUUCAACAACUCUGUUGAAGCUACCUCACAAAAGUGCUCGGUAUGUUAACAAUCAAGUAAUAAAUAACAUAAAUUCUUCACUUUUGGACUUUAGUGCAACAGUAAAUAUAUUUUAAAAAUCUAAUAUAAAAACAAAUAGCACCUCAACUUAAACCCGGCAGGCAAUCCCAAGUGUACACAUCUCUCAGUUUGCUAUGGCUAUGUUGUCAUCAUCAACUUUAUAAUACCUCCAGACCACAGACAUACUCAUGCUUUCCACUUCAAGCUGCUUUCAUGUUCUACUUUG